GCUGAUACCGCGUGUGUAACAUGUUAAGAAAUGCAUGCCCUUUAAUGCAAUGACAGAAGCGCGUCCAUGGCGGGACGUAUGAAGAAGCAGUUCAAGGACGCAUUGAAGAUCAUCAGCUCGGGUAGCCUUCUGUUUGCCUCCUACCUCACUGCAGUGGGAGAUGAGCGUUUCUAUGGCAAUCAGCUGAUGCCCCUGCUGCAAAAGUGUGUGGGGGCAGAGACGGCGCAUGUGUUGGCAGUGAAGAUGAUCGGUCUGGGGCUGGUUCCUCUGAACCGCUACCAGGACCCCGCAUCAUUGGAAGUGAAAGUCCUGGGUUUAAAGUUCAGAAAUCCAAUUGGGAUUGCGGCGGGCUUCGAUAAGCACGGAGAGGCCGUCGAUGGGUUGUACAAGGUCGGAUUCGGCUUUGUUGAAGUGGGCACAAUCACUCCCAAACCUCAGGAGGGGAACCCCAAACCACGUGUGUUUCGACUCACUACAGACCAGGCCAUAAUUAACAGGUAUGGAUUCAACAGCUGUGGUUUGGCCGAAGCUCAACAGAGGCUGAAGGCCAGGGGCGACACACAGCAAGAGCAAAGUAAAGCUGGCUGUCCCCUGGGCAUCAACCUUGGGAAGAACAAGCUGUCCCGUGACGCAGGAGCAGAUUACCUGGAGGGGGUGCGGGUGCUCGGCCCGCUGGCUGACUACCUAGUGGUCAACGUCAGCAGUCCCAACACGCCGGGUCUCAGGGAUCUACAGGGGAAGGAAGAGCUGCACCAACUCCUACAAACGGUGUUGAAGCAGCGCGACGCCCUGCAGGGAGAACAUAAACCCCCGGUCCUGGUGAAGAUCGCGCCUGACCUCACUGCCCAGGACAAACAAGACAUCGCUGAUGUUGUCACUGAGCUGGCAGUGGAUGGUUUAAUGGUGUCUAACACUACGGUGUCCAGACCGGAGACGCUCCAGGACUCUCAGAGGUCUGAGGCCGGCGGGUUGAGUGGGCAGCCUCUCAGAGACCUCUCUACCACCACAGUGAGAGAGAUGUACCACCUCACCAAAGGUAAAGUACUAAUCAUUGGAAUUGGUGGUGUGGCCAGUGGGCAGGAUGCUAUGGAUAAGAUCCGUGCCGGUGCGUCGCUGGUUCAGCUUUACACAGCUCUGACCUACCAGGGUCCGCCUGUAGUGACCAAGAUAAAAAGGGAGUUGGCGCAACUUCUUAAGGAACAGGGGUUCAGCAGUGUAUCAGAGGCGGUUGGAGCAGAUCACAGGGGAGCAGAUGGGUCAGCUAAUAAGCAGAGCGUGCGGAAAGAGAUGGUAAAUGCUAACACACUAAAUGCUACACAGCACCUGUAGCUGCCAUCUCGUCCAAUCAGGCAACAUGAUCCUCAACUUUUCCUGAACUUUGCUGAAUGCUGAGGAUUGUCUGUCCGUCCGAGUGAUUUCAAGGAUGAGAUAUGGUCUGAACUGGGAGCUGUUGAAACCAUAUUUUAGGUACUUGUGGCGAGAAAAUUCUGAAUGCACCAAAUCUCACCUUUACUUGAACAUAUAAACAAUGUUGUAAUUAAAAUCUUUUUUGUUUUAUAAAGAAGCUGAGGUUUG